AUGUGGAUUUUAGUCCCACAAAGACAGCAGAAGAGCAGGGAAAAUCUAGAAGAUCCACUCCAACAUCUGAAAAGUCCACCUUCAGCGACUUCGGGUCAGCCCACAUGUGCGGGUCAUAUGGGCAAUGGGAUUAACUGGGACCAGGAUCUUGUCCCUCCCGAGAGCGAUAGAGUGAUCAAUGGAGUUUUUGGUCUGAUCGAAGGCCAGCUUCGUCAGCAGACGGCCUUCCAGGGAUGA